UGCCGGUAUACUUGUGACCUCAGGUAUAUAAGGGCAUCCGUGGCUUGCUAUCCGGACCACAAGCAGCUGCACCUCCGCAGGCUUAGGCAGUGCGUGGGGGGCGCCGUGAGUCGUGGUCAUGAAAGGUCAAGCAUGGGCACUCUUCGCGGUGGUGUGGGCGGCGGUAUGGGUGUGGGCGGAUGGCGCAAUGCCACCAAAGCGAUCUUCCGACCCUAAUGUCAUCAUGAACAGCAUUGGGGCGCCGCUCCCUGCCAUCCCUAAGAACUUGGUCUUUGGCGACCCUCCUAAUCUUGCUAGUGAUGUCCUCGGUCCACCUUUCAAUCCAAACGACUUCGCCCCGCUUGACUCUCAGAUCGCCCAUGACCCAGUGGAGAACCCCACGGGUGAGGAUCCCAUUCUCUUUGCCGGGCGCUUUGAGGGCGACAUUAUUUUGGAGGGCCCAGAUGAACUAAUGGCCAUCCUUGGACAGAGCAGAAAGGGUCGUAAUAUGAUAAAAGAUCAUUCUAAGAAGUGGCCAGGUGGAGUCGUUCCCUACGUUGUGUCUUCAUCAUACGAUGCAACAGAGAGGGGGAUUAUAGCCAAAGCCAUGAACGAAAUACAGGCCCACUCCUGCAUCUCAUUCGUGCCCAAAGUGAACCAUCGAAACUACAUUCACAUCAUAAAGAGUAGUGGGUGUUCAAGUACAGUGGGAAUGAAGGGUAACGAGCAAGCAGUGACCCUGGAUACGAACUGUGUGUACCAUGGCGUUGUGAUACAUGAACUGAUGCACGCCCUAGGUCUCUGGCACGAACACUCCCGCUUCGACCGAGAUUCCCACAUCAAGAUCCUGUACCAAAAUGUAGCGAACAAGAUGGAAUAUAACUUUGAGAAGUACGGCAAGGACAAGAUUGAGAUCAACGGUGUGCCCUACGACCUGGAGUCCCUCAUGCACUACGGGGGUACAGCCUUCGCCAAGGACCCGAGUCUCAAGACGAUUGUGCCACUGGUUCCCAAUUCAAACAUGGGACAGCGCCGAGGAAUGUCUGUUUAUGACAAGAAAAAGCUGAAAAUUAUGUACUGCGAAAAGAACAGUGUCACCGGUGGUGCCCCAGUCUCUCUAGGGGAGUGUGCGAACACUCACCCUGACUGCGAGAUGUGGGCCAUGACUAAGCAGUGUGAGGAGAACCCCAAUUAUAUGCUGGUUUCCUGCUGCAAGGCUUGCCAAUCAAGGUGCAAGGAUCGCGACGCGAACUGCAAGGCCUGGGCUGCCACCGGAGAAUGCACCAAGAAUCCUAACUACAUGACUGUCUACUGCAUCGAAUCCUGCGGGUUGUGUCCUUCCGCUACAGCUGGAGGCGGAGGUGAAGGUGGAGGUGGAGGUGGAGGUGGAGGUGGAGGAGGAGGAGGAGGAGGAGGAAGCUGCAUGGAUAACCACAAGUACUGUUCUGCCUGGCAAAAGAGUAAUCAGUGUGCAGCCAAUCCAAAUUAUAUGUUGAAGGAAUGCAAGAAGUCUUGCGGCGUGUGCUGACCUGGUCAUGGCCUGAUCCUUGCCGACCUCAAGAUCUGAGAGAGCAUUUCUUUUUCACACCUAUCAACUUUGUCCCACUGACUAAUUUUCAACUUCCUUCUUCCUCCUCCGCUUCCACUAUCCAUCGCUCUCUCCUUUAAACGUAUCAAGUCUGACUGUUUUGUCUGUCUAGCUGCUGAUAGCACACCUGGUUGUUUUUUUUUCCACACAUCUGUCUGUCUCUUCCACAUAUUUCUUUAUUGUUUCUCCCUCACACACUGAAUGAUUCUUCAACGCACUUGUUUGUCUUAUUACACACACUUGUUUGCCUCUUCAUCACAUUUGUUUGUUUCCAUCCCUGACACACCCACACACACACACCCACACACGUGUUUGCCUCUCGCACACCUAUUUGUCUCCCGGCACACAUGCUGUUUUUACUACACACAAUUACCAAUGCUAAACACACGUUUGCUUCUUCCACACAUGUUUGUCUGUAAGACACACCUGUUUGCCUCUCCUUCGCACUUAUUUCUCUGUCCCAUUCAUUUAUUUGCUCCUCACCAGUUUGCUUCUUACACGUUUGCACCUCAUAUACCUGUUUGCCUCCCACACCAUUCAUCUGUUUGCCUUAUUACACACGUUUCGUUUCUCCCACACACCUGUAUGUAUCUCCAAUACAUCUGUUUAUCUCACAUACCUGUUUAUCCCAUGCGAACACUUGAAAUCACGCAUGUUAGUUUAUAUCUCGUAUCUAUAAACACAUUCAUACCUACAUACCUGUUUACCUGUUGUCCAGAAAGCUGCUGUCUCCCUAAUAUACUGGCCUCUAAAUACACACAUCUGUGGCUCUGAUAUUACACAUACACACCUGCACGCCUGUUCUCACACCACACACACGAAUCUCGGGAAUUUCCUGUAUACCUGUCCAGUUGCUCUGCCACACCCCGAGCUGCCAGGCACGAUAAUAAAUUAUUCCUGUGGUAGAUUUUGCUAUGUAGAAUAUAUACUAGGUAAAAAAAAAAGAAUAAUCGGAAAACAUAAGCAAUACCUUUAAAAUAUCAAUGUAAUGAAAAGAUAUUAUUAUGGAAAGAUACUAUGCUAAAUAUUAUUAGUGCUUUCGUUUGCUACCAUUUAGAUAGUGUAAAGGGGAUAUUGUGCACCAUAGAUUUAUACACGCGAGUUUUGUAGUAAGAUUCAUGAUGCAAAUCUAAGUUUUCCUUAAUGAUCAUAAUCACACUUUGUAAUAUUAAGCUGAACAGGAAUUUGUAUUACUUUAAUAGUUCCUAAUAAAAACAACCACAGUAAAACUA